AUGUCUUCAGUGGCUCGUCGCCUGGUCGCCAAGACCUCGUUACCGCCGUGCGCGCUUCGUAUCCACCCGUCAGACCCAACCGUUGUCUAUAUCGGCACAUACAAGCUUGUGAAAGACAGCGAACGGUACGGAACAAUCGAAAUAUGGAAAUGCACAGCAACGCUACAGAAAGUGAACGAGGUCGCAGCAGGAUCGGCGAUCCUGGACCUUAAGUUCGACCCUUUCGACGAAUCGCGGCUGAUUAGCGUCCACUCAACGGGCAACCUAAAAAUAUGGAAAUUGGCAGACGAUUACCUGCAUUUGACAGAAACGUUAAAUUAUCAGGCAUAUGAAGAAGUUACGCUCAUAACUGCCGCCAAUUUUCAUCCUGCAAGGCCAAAUGUGCUCACAUUGAGCACCACAAGCGGGGUCUGCUCUGUCCUCAAACUGGGCGACAAAAUAAGCCAAAGAGACUUUGACACGACCCAUGACCUAGAAUGCUGGUUUUCCACUUUUGGCUGUUUCGACGGCUUGCAAGACAUUGUCUUUUCAGGAGGAGACGAUCGAAAUCUGAUCGCGCAUGACAAUAGAAUGGCAGAUUUCCCCGUCUGGAAGACAGACCGCCUACACGACGCAGGAAUAGUCUCAGUGCUGCCUGCCACACCGUCGUGGAACAGAACACAUCCUUACACCAUAUGGUCCGGGAGCUACGACGACCAUCUAAAUUCGCUCGACUUGCGCGUCAGUCCACCCAGUGACCUGAUUCCUGGCAUUUCGCCUAGAGUUCUGCAACGAAAACACCUUGGCGGAGGGGUGUGGAGGCUGAUUCCCGGGCCGAACAAUGACGGCCGAGUUCUGUGCUGCGCCAUGUAUGCCGGUUGCAGGAUGCUCAAGUCCGCUGACGAGACCAUCAUUGUCGAGCAGGAGUUCAAGGACGAUCACGAUUCCAUGGUUUAUGGAGGUGACUGGACCGCAGGCAACAUGGUGACGUGCAGCUUUUACGACCAAGUCAUUCAGGUUUGGGAACAGCAAUGA